AUGCGAUUCAAAGUCUCGGUGAUUGGUCAGAAGCUCUAUGAUCCCCUCGCGAAAUAUGCCAAGAAAUGGGGACCGACCAUCAUGGCUCAUGAGGACAAGGAGGUCGUCCAUCUGGACGCAAGGGAUCGUCAGGUUAUCACAGAAUCAGACUUGGAACAGAAUUUCGAGGUAUGCAAGGAAAUGAUUUAUGGAUGCAUGGAGCUAAGCUUGGCCAACCCGCCACGACCUGACGGCAAGAUGGCUGAGAUUCCCAAGCUCUGUGACUUUGAGGCCGCAUUUCUCUUGCUAAGCUUGAGAUCCAACUUCCAUUGCGACCUGCACCACCGUCGUGGUGGCAAAGGACGCAUUAAGGAUUGGGCAAACACUGAAGCAAUGCGGAUCCGGAAGCUCUUGUCAUAUCUUGUGGUUUUGACGAACCGCACGGCUGAAGCCAGGAUUGAAAAGAUCAAAGUCUUGAAGGGCAUAGUGUUGGCUUUCCGCAGUCUGAAGGCAGACCAGGCAUGGAACCUUUGUAUGUUUGUACACUCGACCGGUAAGUAUUGA